AUGACUGACGGGCCAGGAUUUGCACAGUUCCUGUCAGCAUCGGAUGAAAUAACACGUGGUGCAUCUACACCAUCAACAUUGCCCGUCUGGCAAAGGGAAUUGCUUUUUGCAAGAGACACACCAUGUGUCACAUUUGAUCAUCAUGAGUACAAUGAUUUUACAAACACAAAGUACCCCAUCAUGACACUAGAUACAAUGCACCAAAAAUCAUUCUUCUUUGGGUCUACUGAGUUGUCAGCCAUUCGAAGGUUUUUUCCAGAAACCCUAAAACAUUGCUCCACUUUUGACAUGCUAUCAGCUUCUCUCUGGCGUUGUCGUACUAUCGCCUUAGAUCCAAAUCUUGAAGAUGAGAUUCGUUUCAUGUUCCCUGUCAAUGCACGCACGAUGUUUAACCCUCCUCUUCUAGUUGGGUAUUAUGGAAAUUGUUUGGCAACAGCAUGUGCAAUUUCAACAGCUCGAGACCUAUUGCAUGAACCAUUAGGCUAUGCAAUCGAGCUUGUGAGGAAGGCUAAAGCUCUUGUAUCCGAAGAAUAUGUGAGAUCAACGAUUGACCUAAUGGCUAUUAGAGGACGACGCUUCACCUCUACUUUUGCUUGGACCUUCACGAUUUCAAACCUAAGUAGAGUUGGAUUGAACGAAGUUGAUUUUGGGUGGGGGAAAGCAGCUUAUGGAGGGCCUGCAACAGGAGGAUUAGAUUUCCUACCUGGAGUCUUGAGUUACUACAUGUCUUCUACAAACAAGAAAGGUGAAUCUGGAAUCAUGGUUCUUAUAAGCUUACCUAGUGGACCUAUGGAGAAAUUUGUCAAAGAGCUUAAUAACAUGUUGAUGUAG